AUUUACGCGAUGACAGCGUUAUGAACAUAUAGUCGUGAGCAAACGGUCACCCUACAAACAACAACAACAACAACAACAAUUUCAACAUGUUUAAAAAGUUUGAUGAAAAAGAAAAUGUUUCUGGUGUUAAUAAUGCUAAGUCCUCGGUCCAGAGAGGGGUGAAAUCAUCUGUGCUGGCACAGUUUCCAUUUGUUGAAGGGUACAUGGAUCAGAUCUUGCCAAAAAAAGAUGCUUUGAAACUUGUGAAAUGUCAUGAGCAUAUAGAGAUUCUGGCCAACUCCAGCGGAGAACCAAUAUUUUUCAGACAGAGAGAUGGACCUUACUUUCCGACACUCAAACUUCUGCAUAAAUAUCCUUUUAUGUUACCACACAUGCAAGUGGACAAGGGGGCAAUCAGAUUUGUUUUGAGUGGUGCAAAUAUAAUGUGUCCUGGACUCACAUCACCUGGUGCAAAGAUGACAAAAGUUGAUAAAGAUCAGAUAGUGGCAAUAAUGGCAGAAGGGAAAAGUUGUGCUCUUGCAAUAGGUGUCACAAAAAUGUCAACAGAUGAUAUCCUUGAAAAGAAUAAAGGUAUUGGCGUGGACAAUAUACAUUAUCUUAAUGAUGGACUUUGGAACAUGAAAGCAGUUAAAUAACACCAGUGAUGCUCUAGUUUUAAUUUAUAUAACAAAACAAAAAAUGUGCUAAUACUUCCAUGAGAUACCACAGUAGACUAUCUGAGUUAUACAGUCAACAAAUCCGGGCUUUACAUUCUUAAUAAUAUUGCAUGAGUGUAUUAUUUUGAUGGGGUAACUUGAUUAGGUUGAUUGUGUAAAGUUGUAUUUACAGGAACUUACGGGCCACUUUGAAUACAAUUUUUCACAAUUGGCUAGAGUGAUGUAAUCCACCAUAAUACCUGUAGAACACUUACAUAAUUUUCCAUUUAUUAUGUAUCUUCAGUAACAUAUGUAAGAAAAUUUGAGCAAAAUGAAAGGAAUAAUUUUAUGAAUUAGCAUAUGAAUAUAUAACAUCAAUGCACACUUGCAACAGAAGUUGGAUAUGGAAAAUCAUUCCGCAUGAAUGUAUUUCUUCUACAGUUAAAAAUAACCAUAUUUUUUAUCAGAAAACUUACAUGUGUAUAAUAAAAUUGUAUACAUGUAUUACAAACCAGUCUAUGAAAUUAAAUGAAAACAAAUUUUAUUAUGUCAGGGGUUAAUGUUAGAUUGAAAAAUUGGAAAUUAAUGUUGAUGACAUAUUCUGAAUGUUUCAAGUUAUUAUUUCUUACUGGCCAAACACACUUUCAACUGAAGUACUCAAUAUCCUGUUAGAUAUAAAUUAUUUAUUUGAUUUUUUUACAAGCUCUUGAUGAAUUUUAUAGUCUUGAAUCUAAAACAAUGAUAAACAAAAUUUGAUGUAAUUGAAUCAUGUGUUGGGAAUUCCUUUUUUAUAAAGCUACAAAUCACACAGAAAAAUAACCACAUUCUUAUUCAUUGUGUUGUUAAAUUUUAGUAUAUUUGACUGAACUGUUUUAUUUCCUAUGUGUUUUGUGUGAGAAAUUCCAACACUUUUUCUCAUCAAGCAAGAAUACUCCAGUCCCUCUUGAUCUGUCUUUCCGAUGCGAACACCCUUCUUUAUCAAUAACUAUUGAUAACAACUCACAACCUGCUUAUAGCGACAGAUUCUACCCAUGCAACUUGUUCCAACCAAGAUCAGCUGGCACAUUUGUGUUGUCUGAUCAUUGUCUGCAGUGUUUGCUGUUCAAUCAGUUAAUGCUUUGAAAAUUUCCCUCAAAAUAAUGAAUGGUUUUGUCCAGAUUGAAAACUAGACAAGGGUUUAAACAACUUUAAGUACAAAGAUGUACAAAGAUUUUUUCCCAAAAUCAUUUAUGACAACAUAACUUUUUUUAAGUAAUAUAAAGUAAUAAACAUGAAUGUCGUUAGUAAAUACUUAAUAUCAUUUUCUAUAUCACAUUGAAAUAAAAAUUGGUUUAAUAACAUAAAAGUGAAUUAUUGCCAACAUUACAAAGAGGUUUGUUAAAUGAUGCCAUUGGCAUUUUGUUAAUGAAAUUUAAUAAACAAUUACAUGUAUAAUAAAAUCUCGAUCAGAA